CGUACUCUGACGGCGACGCUUGGAGCUGGUGGGCCUGGGGGCGGAGCAUUUUUAAGGUCAUCUGCAUCUUCUGACUGAGGAAAAGAUGGUCAACGUCUUGAAAGGAGUGCUUAUAGAAUGUGAUCCUGCCAUGAAGCAGUUUCUGCUGUACUUGGAUGAGUCAAAUGCCCUAGGGAAGAAGUUCAUCAUUCAAGACAUUGAUGACACUCAUGUCUUUGUAAUAGCAGAGUUGGUUAAUGUCCUCCAGGAGCGAGUAGGUGAAUUAAUGGACCAAAACGCUUUUUCUCUUACCCAGAAGUGAAAAUAUUAGAUAUUGACCACUUAGGAAUGAAAAGUAACAGAUGGGAGAAACUGUCACCAUUUAGUAUCUUAUGUGACAGGUUAGACUUAGAGAAUUGCUGAGAAGCAUGCUGCAGAAGAGACGGGGGUAUCAUUUGUUCAGAAAAAAACAAUCCUGAACUGAUUUUCUUACUCUGUUUUUUUUUGUUGUUGUUGUUGUUUUUAAUAUGUGUACCCUAGAAUUUAAAAAAAAGGAUUUAACAGUUGGCUAUAAUUUGACUUUCAUUGUCCUUUAUUAAAAUAUAAAUGGUUUUCUUACCUUUUUAAUGCCAAUUUAAUACAUAUGGAAUAUAACUUUUAUCAGUCUAGCCUAGAUACUUAUUUUUCUUGUUCCUAUUAGUAAUUUUGAGUUUUUAUAGUGUGGUAUGGUUAGUUUUGUUUCAACUAGAAACUUAAAAGAUGUUUUUUAUAAAGUAUGGCAUGCAGAAAGUGCACAAAUCAUAAAUGUACACAUCUCAGAAUUUCCACAAACUGAACACACUUCUGUAAACAGCACCCAGAUCAUGAAAAAGACAGUUACCACCAUCUCAGAAGCCCUUUCAAUAGAAACACCGAAUGAAACACUGCGCUGACUUUGAACUGUAUAGUUUUGCUGCUUUAUUAACUUUGAGUGGAAUCAUGCAGCAUGUAUUCUUGUCUGGCAUCUAUUACUCAGCAUUAUAUUUGUAAGAGUUGUCUUUGCUGUUGCAUGAUGUUAUAAGUUGACCUUGAACGAUACACGUUUGAACUGCGCAAGUCCACUUAUACGUGGAUUAUUUUGAGUAAGUACUGUAAAUGUAGUCUCCAUAUGAUUUUCCUAACAUUUACUUUUCUCUAACUUACUUGAUUGUAAGACUACAGUAUACAAUACAUAUAACUUACAAAAUAUGUUAGUCAACUCUUUAUGUUAUCUGUAAGGCUUCCAGCCAGCAGUAGGCUAUUAGUAAAGUUUUGGAGGAGUCCAGAGUUGUGUAUGGAUUUUCAACUGCUCAGGGGUUGAUGACCCUAACCACCACUCCUCACCCCUGUUGUUCAAGGGCCAACUGUACUUUUUUCAUUCUCAUUGUUAUACAGUAGGUAUUCCAUUGUUUGCUUCAACCACACUAGAGAUAAUUUGAUUAAUAAAUCAGUCCUAAAAAUUUAAUCAUUAAACCUCAAUUUGAACUUGAUAAACAUACAUCAAAAAAUUUUACCACUAUCAAGUGGUUAUACUAAUUUUUCUCCAGUGGCAGAAUGUAUACAACUUUAUUGUAUUUGUUAGAGAAAAGAAAUGGAAGUACAGAAUCUAAUCGCAAAUAUACUGGCAUUAGUUACAUUGAUAUUAUGUUGUUAUUAUAUUAGCUUCUUCAGUUCAUUCAGUCCUUAUUCAUUCCAAAAAAAAUUAAGUACUUACCACGUCCUAGAUGUAAAGGAUAGAUAUAGUUUUUAAAAAGAUGGAUGAGCACCUAUAUAGGAAUGCUUUUAAUUUCAAGUCACAGAACACCAGUGAAGAGUUAUUUAAACCAUAAAGAAGUUUAAUUGUCUAACAUAACAAGAAGUCUGGAGAUAGAUAAUUCCAGGUGGUUCAACCUAUUUCUGCUCUGCCAUUCUAAUAAUGUUGGCUUUUCAUUCCUGGCUUACUGCCUCAUGGUCACAAUACAGUAGUUGCUGCUCCAGUGUAUUAUAUUCACAGCAGUAGCCCAAACAGGAAAGGAAGGCUGUACUUACCAGCAGAGAAAAUAAGGAAAAACUUCCCCCUGGUGUAACUCUUUUUAUCAGGAAGAAAAAUCUUUCCCAGAAUCUCCCCACUUGUCUAUCCCUAGACAAAGAGAAAUAGAGUAAUAAUUGACUUAGAUCAGUGAUUCUCAUCCUUUAAAAUCACCUGGAGUCUUUCAAAAUUUCUUAUGUGGAUAUUGUUAGUCCAGGUGGAGCUUAAUUCCCUACCGUGGUCAUGUGCUGCACUGUGAUUUGCUUCCAAAAAGUAGAUUUGGACUGGAUGAAAAAGUAACUAUACAGUGGAGAAACUGGAAAAUACUACCUUAGCCAGUUGAUCAGAGUUAACAUCAGAGAUAAGUCAUGUUGAGAACAAGUACAUCCAAUAUGAUGUUAUGAGAAGGUUACUUCACCUCUGUGGUUUUCUUCCGAAAUAAUAACCACUUCAGUUUUAUCAACACUGUUUAAGGGAAUUCUAUAAGAUACCUCUUCCGAUGAGAAAUUCUGCAAAAUUCUACAAAAUGCCUCUUCUGAUGAGAAACGUAUCAAACCAACACAGAUUUAAGAGAAUUCUACAAAAUAUCUGGCCAGUACUUCUUAAAACUAUGAAGAUCAUGAAAAACAAGGCAAGACUGAAACACAAGUUCAGAAGAGACUAAGGAGACCUGAUGUCUAAAUGUGAAGCCUUGUUCCAAGUGGGAUCUGGAACAGGAAAGGGACUCUAGGGAAAAUCUAAGAAAACCUGUAUAAAGUCUGCAGUUCAGUUAAUAUUAAUGUUCUGUCUGCUUUUGUAUAUCCUUGAAGAUUUCUAUUAAAAGUUUCUAAAUGUGAAUAUUUUAUUCUAGCAAUGAUAUGCCUACAUUUGUUUCAAUAAAAAAAGUAUA